AACUUAAGAGAUUCCCAGCUGUGUAGUGUUGAAAAACACCCGGUGUCUUUUGAGCGGCGCACGUGGAGCAAAACAGAAGAGCUCACGUUUUUAGUCAAUUUCUGCUCUAAAACCUUUAUAAAUUAAGUUAAAAACAUGGGUCGCAAAGCUGAAUACAGUGAGAAACCGAAGAAAGGACCUGGCCGAAAAGCCAGAAAGCAGGGACCGCCUGUUUUCCGGAAGCAGUCGUUUGCCCCCAUGGAGGAGGAGGAUAAGAAGCUCUCACACAGGCAAAAGCAGCGCUUCGUCAAGCGGGAGCAGAAGAAAGUAGUUCAGAAGGCGAAACUACAGGAGAAACGAGCCAAAGGAAAGCAAACGCAACAAGUGCGCCGGAAAACGGCCUACAACAGUGACAGUGAGCCCGAGGAGGAAGAGGCGGUGCAGCCCCAGGAGGCCUCCUCCGAUGAGGAGGUGCCACAGUUGGUUCCGGCACCGAAAACCAAGAAAUCUGCUGCUCCCAAGGGCUUCACAGACGACAACGACGCGUGGUUGAAACCCAAGAAGCAAAAGAAGGAGGUGGAACCCGAAUCCGAAGAGGAUGAUGAGGAGGAGGAAGAGUUAGAGGAGGAAUCUGAUGCUGAAUUGGAGGAAGGUUCCGAGGAUGAAAAUGGACUCGAAGAAGAAGCAUCCGGCGAAGAGGAUGAGGAAGAAGUAUCCGGUGAAGAAGAUGAAGAAGAGGAGUCCGAUGACGACACAGCUCAAGUUGGCAAGCUGGAUGACCUUUCCGAUGGUGAGGCUAAUUCCGACGAUGACUUUGACAUCUCCGGGGAUGAAGACGCCGCCGAGGCGUCCUCCGACGACGAAGACGAAGAUGACGACGAUGAUGAUGAUGAUGACAAGUUGCCCAUCGAGCGGGCCAACAAAAAGCUGAAGAAACGUGAGGCCAAGGAAGCCCAGCUGGCCGAUGAGGAAAUGCAAAUGACUGUCGAUCGCCAGGAUGUGUUCCAGCUGCCAAACGAAGAGGAGGAGGCUGAGAAGGAUCUGACGCUGCAGGAGGUGCAACAGCGCAUCAAAGAUGUGACCCUGGUUCUUUCUGACUUCAAGAAGUACCGUCAGGCGGAUCGAUCUCGAGGCGAAUACAUCGAUCUGUUGCGUAGGGACUUGUGCCUGUACUACAGCUACAACGAAUUUCUGAUGGAGAAGCUGAUGGACAUGUUCCCGCUAACUGAGCUCAUGGAGUACCUCGAGGCCUCUGAGGUGGCUCGUCCCUUGACCAUUCGUACCAAUACUCUGAAAACCCGUCGCCGAGAUCUGGCAGGAGCUCUGAUUAACCGUGGCGUGAAUCUUGAUCCUCUAGGAAAGUGGACCAAAGUGGGAUUGGUCGUUUUCAACUCCCAGGUGCCCCUCGGUGCUACACCAGAGUACUUGGCUGGCCACUACAUGAUCCAGGGCGCUUCUUCCUUGCUGCCCGUGAUGGCACUUGCCCCACAAGAGAACGAAAGAAUACUGGACAUGUGCUCGGCACCAGGAGGCAAGGGUUCGCACAUAGCAUCCAUCAUGAAGAAUACCGGUGUUCUGUUUGCCAACGACUCGAAUCGGGAUCGUAUCAAGGCGAUCGUGGCCAACUUCCAUCGCCUGGGAAUCGUAAAUGCUGUGGUCAGCUGCGAGGAUGGCACCAAGUUCCGGAACAUUAUGACUGGCUUCGAUCGCGUCCUUCUGGAUGCCCCCUGCACGGGAACUGGUGUUGUCUCCAAGGAUCCCAGUGUGAAGACCACCAAGUCGGACGUGGACGUGCAGCGUUGUUACAACCUGCAAAGGAAACUUUUACUCACAGCCAUCGAUUGUGUGGACGCCAAGUCGUCAAGCGGUGGCUACAUAGUGUACUCCACCUGCUCGGUGCUUCCGGAGGAGAACGAGUGGGUUAUCGACUAUGCCCUGAAGAAACGGAACGUAAAAUUGGUUCCCACUGGUCUGGACUUUGGCGUGGAGGGCUUCACCAAGUUCCGGCAGCAUCGUUUCCAUCCCAGUUUGAACCUGACAAAGCGAUACUAUCCCCACACCCACAACAUGGAUGGUUUCUAUGUGGCCAAGCUGAAGAAGUUCUCCAACACGAUACCUAUCACCAAGGAGCAGCAGGAGGAGGAUGAGAAACAGUUAGAUGAAGCUAUCGAGGCCGAGGCUGAUCCCAAAGAAGCUGAGGAGGAAACUGAAGAGUCGCCAGAGGAGAAGGCUCCUCGCAAGGUUCUGGGCAAGAGGGCUGGCAAGCCAUCCCUUACUGAUGUUGAGCAGGAUUUGAAGAAGAAGAAGCUCGAGGAGAGCAAGACCAAGUACGUGGCUAAGGUGUUCGAGAAGCCCGUCAAGGUUCCUAAGAAGCCGAAACCGGAACAGCCGCAGGAAAAGAAGGGCAAGAAACCACAGGAAAAUGAUGAAAAAACAAAUGGAAACGCGACACCUUCCAAGGCAGCGACCAAAAAGUCUCAACAGAAUGGAAAUGUGGAAGCUUCCCAGCCCGAAAAUAAAUUUCCGAAGAAGAAAACCCCAAUCAAGGUGCACGUUCCAAACAAACUAGCUGGAAAGAAGCAUCCAGCGAAUGGUACUCCUUCGCCAGCCAAGCCUGAUGCCAAGAAGAAGCCUCCAGCGAAUGCUUCUCCCUCUCCAGCCAAGCCUGAUGCCAGGAAGAAGCCUCCAACGAAUGCUUCUUCCUCUCCAGCCAAGCCAGAUGCCAAGAAGAAGCCUCCAACACAACCUAAAGGCAAGUCAUCCGCACUGGCCAAGGCUCCCAGAGUAGACCUAGACAAUGUACCCGUAUUGGAGGGUAAACCCAUUAAAAAGCAAAACAAGCUGAAGCAGAAAUCCAAGCAGAUCGGCCAGCUGAAGAAGUCGAAAACAGGAGCUAAUGCGGGGAAGAAGCAAAAGUUCAAAAAGUGAACACCCUAAGUCCAGAAUUGUUAAGUAGAUUUUAAGCCAGUGACAUAUAUAGUUGGGCUAAUCCCAAAGCGCUUAAUCGGUUAGGCCUAUAAUUGAAUUGAUUGAACUACAACUGUAUUUUACAAUUAGAUUCAAUAAAUGCUAAGUCGAAUUAGA